AUGGCCUCGGACGUGUCUACACCCGAGCGUCGAUACUCGGACGAUUCCAUCUCUACCGCUUCAACCACGAGUUUUGUUUUCGAGAGGAUACACGAGAAGACCGAGAUGGACGCUGGCAAAGAUAAGAACGACCCGAGGGCGCUGGACGACGAUGAUCCCCUUAAGGAAGAGGAAGAUGACCUGGAGACGGGUCCCUUCCUCGGUCCUGGGGCUACUCUGCAUCGUCAACCCAUGGAUAAGAAGUUGCGCCGAAUUCUGAUCAUUGUCGGCGCAGUCUUUGUUGCUGGAUGGCUAGCUGGCCUCGGCAUCUUUCUUUACGGCGGAUCGCAUCAUCACGAUAGCGACACUGAACACGACCCUGAUGCUGCGACACGAGGUUCAGGAAAGGCUGUUACGAUGGAUCAGCUCUUCGAUGGCAGCUGGCAGGCCAAGUCCCACAGCAUCAGCUGGAUUGCAGGUCCCGAAGGAGAGGAUGGUUUACUGCUCGAGGUUGGGGCCAGUGAGAAGCCAUAUAUCGUGGUAGAGGAUAUCCGCAAAGACAAGGAGACCAGGUCGCCGAUCAAUACGGAGAUCAAGGCCUCAAAAUCACGAACACUCAUGAAGGAGAACUUCUUUCUUCAUGACGGACAUCAAUAUUCUCCCGAUUGGAACGAACCCAGCCCCGAUCUGAAGAAGGUCCUUCUCGGUGUUAACAAGAAGAAGAACUGGCGUCACUCUUUUAGCGCCAUCUACUUUAUCCUUGAUGUCGAGACACAAGAAGCUGAGCCGCUUGUUCCUGGAAAGCCUGAUGCCCGAGUCCAGCUUGCCACUUGGAGUCCCAAGAGCGACGCUGUAUCCUACACGCAGGACAACAACCUCUACAUCAGGCGCCUAGAUGACACCAAGAACGUCGUUCAGAUCACCAAAGACGGUGGCCCAGAGUACUUCUACGGUAUUCCCGACUGGGUGUAUGAGGAAGAGGUGUUCAGCGGUCGCAGUGCUACUUGGUGGUCUGAAGAUGGAAAGUAUCUGGCCUUCCUUCGAACCAACGAGACUGGCGUUCCCGAGUUCCCCGUUCAGUUCUUCAUCAAGCGACCUAGCGGCACCGAUCCUGAAGAGGGCGAGGAGGCAUAUCCUGAGGUUGAGCAGAUCAAGUACCCCAAGGCGGGCGCUCAUAACCCAGUUGUGGAUCUCUUGUUUUACGACAUCACAAAGAAGGAUGUCUUCUCUGUUGAUAUCGAUGGCGCUUUCGCAGAUGACGACCGCAUCAUCAACAACCUCCUUUGGGCCGGUGAAAAGGCUGUCGUCAAAGAAACCAACCGCGUCAGUGAUAUUCUCAAGGUCGUCGUGAUCGAUGUCACUUCUCGCACGGGCAAGACUGUCAAUACUGUCGACGUCGAUAAGAUCGAUGGUGGCUGGUUUGAGAUCUCUCACAACACCAAGUUCAUCCCUGCUGACCCUGAGAAUGGCCGUGACCACGAUGGAUACGUUGACUCUUAUCUACACGAAGGCUACGAACACCUUGCUUACUUCACCCCUCUUGAGAACCCUGAGCCUAUUAUGCUCACCAAGGGUGAAUGGGAGAUCGACGAUGCCCCUUCUGCAAUUGAUCUGGCAAACAAUCUAGUGUACUUUAUUGCUGCCAAGGAGUCGUCCAUCCAACGUCAUGUCUACUCUGUUAAGCUCGACGGCACCAAAUUGGAGGCUCUGACUGAUCCUGGGACUGAGGCCUACUAUGAUGCCUCGUUCUCCAAGGGAGCCGGUUUUGUUCUUCUGUCAUACCGCGGACCCAAGGUUCCCAACCAGAAGGUCAUCUCCACACCAUCAAGUGUGCAUAACUAUGAGCAUAUCAUUGAGGACAACGCUGAGCUUGCCGAUCGUGCUAAACGCUAUGAGCUGCCCGUUAUGAAAUACGGUACCCUUGAUCUUGGCGACGGUGUUGUGGUCAACUAUGUCGAGCGUCGUCCUCCCCAUUUCGACAAAAAGAAGAAGUACCCUGUGCUUUUCCAGCAGUACUCCGGCCCUGGUUCUCAGUCUGUGACCAAGAGGUUCGCAGUGGACUUCCAGGCUUAUGUCGCUUCUGCCCUUGGCUACCUUGUUGUCACCGUUGAUCCCCGAGGCACAGGCUUCCUUGGCCGCAAGCACCGUGUUGUAGUCCGAAAUCAGCUCGGUGUCCUAGAGUCGCAGGACCACAUCGCCGCUGCCCAACAUUUUGCUUCUCUUUCUUACGUCGACGCCGAUCGCCUCGCCAUCUGGGGUUGGUCCUACGGUGGUUUCGCCACUCUCAAGACCCUCGAGCAAGACGCUGGCCGCACUUUCAGCUACGGCAUGGCUGUCGCUCCUGUCACUGACUGGCGAUUCUACGACAGCAUCUACACGGAGCGCUACAUGCGUACUCCUCAGGACAACCCCGAUGGCUAUGACAUGUCCAUGAUCGCCAAUGCCACAGCCCUCGGCGGCAAUAAGCGCUUCCUUGUCAUGCAUGGUGUUGCUGAUGACAACGUUCACUUCCAGAACUCGCUCACUCUUCUUGACUCGCUGGAUUUGGCGGGCGUGGAGAAUUACGACGUUCAUGUUUUCCCUGAUAGCGACCACAGUAUUUACUUCCACAAUGGAAACCGUAUUGUCUAUGAUAAACUUCGAAACUGGCUCAUCAACGCUUUCAAUGGCGAGUGGCUCAAGAUCUCCGACCCCAAGCCUCAUAAAGACGGUGUCGAGAAGGAGAAACGGCAGCUCAGCGAGGAUCCUAAGGCUUGA